AUGGAACAAAACUAUCCGCCAAUGGACUACGAGACACUUAUCACGAAGGACAAAGAAGGUAUGAAGAAAAUGGUACGAGAGUACAUCAGAGAAAAGAGAGCUUACUUCCCCAAAAAGGACAAACAACUUGAAUGCGGAAUUUGUUUCUCAGAGUCAGACCAGUCCUUCUUUUACACCAACCCAUUUUGUGGUCAUUCUUUUUGCAUCCCCUGUUUGUCGGACCACGUCAGGACGAAGAUCAACGACGCGAAUACUAUUAUCAAGUGCCCACAAGGCGGGUGUACAUCUGAGAUCCCAUAUAAUGAUCUUGUUGACUUCGGGCUUGUGACAGACCCUGCGCUCCUUCAAAAGUAUGAUGCUACACUCACCCGACUUUCUUUGGACAACGACACAAACACAGUGUAUUGUAUUAAGUGUGGUACUGCAAUGAUCGGCGAGCCAUCAACGACAAUGGUUCGUUGCGUGAAGUGUGAUUACUGCUUCUGCUGCCGUUGUAAAGAACAAUGGCACGCGGACUCGACGUGCGAGAAAUAUCAACAGUGGAAAAAGGACAAUGCGAAAGGGUCUACUGCUUUCGAGGAGUAUAUCCGGAACCAUGCUAAGUUGUGUCCAAAUUGUCAUCAACCAAUUGAAAAGAAUGGGGGCUGUAACCACAUGACGUGUAAAUGUGGGUAUCAAUUUUGUUGGCUUUGUAUGCAGAAGUACACUUCAACGCAUUUUUUGUCCAACACUACGGGGUGCAAACAAUACUCUUAA